AUGCCGCAGAGAUGUUCGCCAAUGAAGAACAAGGCAGCCAAAGAAAGUGGGUUAUUAGAAUCAGAUAACAACAUUUCUGAAUGUUUACGACAUGUUGUCUCCUUCAAGAUGCCCACAACCCUUCGAAGUUUGUUUGCUACAAUCUUAGUCCAUUGCAACCCAACCGACGUGAGAUGUCUCUGGGGCAUAUAUUACAGUCACAUGUUCGAAUACUUUCAAAGGAGGCAUUCCAGCACAACUGAGGCACAACUGCAAUGUACCUCGAAAAGUAUUAACUAUUACUUGGAGAGUAUGGGACAAAUUGUUGACAAAUAUGAUAUCCCUCAAAUCAAACAACAUUUACAGCAAACUGAACAACAAGAAUGCAGAGAAAUAAUAGAAGAAUUGUCUGUGAAGGUGCCAAUUGAAGAUGUUGACACCCAAUCAAAGUUGAAUCAAGAACAAACACAAACAUUCAAUACCAUUCUCGAAAGGUCUAACUUAGGAAUACCCGGGUUAUUCUUUGUAAAUGGGCUUGGAGGAACUGGAAAAACUUUCCCAUAUCGAGCAUUACUGGCCAAGGCAAAAGGUAUGAUAGCAUUGACAUCUGUAACCAGUGGUGUAGUGGCAACAAUAUUGCCUAGAGGCCGUAUAGCACACUCAAGAUUUGGCAUACCACUACAAGAAAAUGAGACAACAAUGACAAAUAAGUCAAAACAAGGUGGAGGAGCAAAACUAAUUACACAAGCUAAAUUAUUAAUAUGGGAUGAAGAACACAUGGCUAAGCGACACACAAUUGAAACAGUCGAUAGAAGCUUUCGCGAUAUAAUGGAUAGUGACAUACCUUUUGGAGGUAAAGUCAUGGUUUUUGGAGGUGACUUCCAUCAAGUUUUGCCUAUUGUACCAAAAUCUACACGCGCAAAGAAGGUAGAUGCAAGUUUGGUGAGGUCAUAUUUGUGGCCUUUAAUGGAAAAGAUUCAACUUUCAACAAAUAUGCGAGCCAGAGCCGAUACAACUUUCAGUGAGUUUUUGCUUCGUAUUGGAAAUGGAGAAGAGACGACAGUAAAUGAUAAUUUAGUGGCAGUUCCAGUACAAAUGAUUGUCCAACAAAGUUAG